AUGUCUACCCAAUACCUUGACGUGCCCGUCCUUCCAGCAGAUGCUGCCUUUGGCUUGAUAGCCGAUUUCGAUGCAGACCAAGAUCCAAAGAAAGUCUCCUUAAUCGCAGGAGCCUAUCGGGAUGAAAACGGCCUACCUUGGAUUCUUCCCAGUGUGAAACAAGCAAAAGAGCGCAUUGCGGCCGACCCUAGAUCACACCAUGAGUAUCUUGGUAUUGCAGGGUCUCCUGUAUUUCUGGAUACUGCCAAGUCACUCGUCUUUGGGACUGAGCUAGCGGACAGCCGGAACAUUGCAAGCAUCCAAGCUGUGUCUGGCACCGGAGCAAAUCAUCUAGGCGCCUCAUUUCUUGCCAAGCACCUGAAGCCUCAGCAUGUCUUUAUCCCAGAUCCGACCUGGGUAAACCACAAAACAGUGUGGGCUGUGGCAGGCCCGGAAGUAGUGCAGAAAGAGUACCCAUACUACGAUCCAAAAACGCGAUCCAUUAGAUUUGCUGAUAUGGUUUCGAUGCUGGAGACAGAUGCAGAACCAAACGACGUGGUCAUCCUUCAAGCAUGUGCGCACAACCCCACAGGACUAGACCUAACCCGCGAGCAGUGGAAGCAGCUGGCAGACGUGGUUCUGAAAAAGAAACUAUUUGUCUUGUUCGAUAGUGCCUACCAAGGCUUUGCAACCGGAAACGUGGAAGACGAUGCAUGGUCAGUGCGGUAUUUCACCGAGCGUCUACUAUCAAGCGAAGAUCCCGACCAAAGAAUUCCCGGACUAUGCGUUGCACAGUCCUUCUCCAAGAACUUUGGACUCUACGGCGAACGCGUGGGCGCGUUACAUCUAGUCGCCCCAUCGGAUGUUUCUGUACAAGGAGCCAAAUCUCAACUGUCUUUGAUUGCGCGUGCAGAGUAUUCUAAUCCGCCUCGAUUUGGUGCUCGGAUUGUGGAAACCAUCCUCACGGAUCCAGAGCUCAGACAGCAAUGGCAGAAAGAUCUGAACUCUAUGAGCUCGCGCAUAAUGGGCAUGCGGAAGCAAUUGCGGACGAGAUUGGAAGACCUUGCUACCCUUGGAGAUUGGUCUCAUAUUGAGUCCCAGAUUGGGAUGUUUAGUUAUACCGGCCUGAGUAAGGAACAUGUUAACAGAUUGAAGGAGGAGUAUCAUAUCUAUCUGAUGCCCUCUGGACGAGCUAGUCUCUGUGGGCUGAAUGAGGGGAAUGUUGACUAUGUCGCGAGGUGCAUCUCCGAGGUAGUGAAGAACUGA